AAUGUCAAUGUGGGAUAAUUAGGAUAGAACACUAGAACAGUUAAAGUUAUAUAAGAAUCAGCAAUAAACGGGAGUUAAUUAUAUGUUAUUUUAGCCCUAUAGUUGUUUUUAGGAAGUCUUAGUUACAAUAUCACUCUUCAGGGUAACUUGAUUGGUUGUAAUGGACUUUGUUAAACUACUUGAAGAUCGUCUCAACAUAGAUGAGAUAUCAGAGUUAGUCAAAUCUCCCAAGUGUGGAGCAGUCUCGCUUUUUAUUGGUACUACAAGAGAUAACUGUGAUGGUUAUAAGGUCGCUAAGUUGGUGUAUGAAGCCUAUGAGCAAAUGGCUUUGAAAUCCAUGAAAAGAGUUUGUGUUGAGAUUCGACAAAAAUGGCCAGAAGUUGAAAACAUUGCUGUAUAUCACAGACUGGGGGACUGUCCUGUGAUGGAGGCAAGUGUAGUGAUAGCCGUGUCUUCACCUCAUCGUCAGGCCAGUCUACAAGCUGUGCAGUUCGCUAUAGAGACACUCAAGGCUUCAGUUCCUGUCUGGAAGAAGGAGGAGUAUGAGGGAGGUGUAGAACCUUCAUGGAAAGAGAACAAGGAAUGUCCCUGGAGCUCCUCUACUUCCUGACAUUACAAAUGGUUUCUAUUUUAUGUUAUUGAUAAUAGUCCAUAUUUUCUUUUAGUUAGUGUGCUUUUUUAAUGCAAGUUCAUGGAUUCGGUAAGCAUAUCUGAUAUGCAAGCAUAUCUGAUAUGCUUUUACCAGAAUGCUUGUAAAAGUGUGUAAAAAUAAUGUGUUGUGUCCCUAAAAUGUGGGUCAUUGUCAAAAUAGAAUUAUAUAUUUUUACAUACGUUCAAUAAAAAAAUAAAAAAGUA